UCUGAUUCCUCUUUCAUCAACUUCUUCCUUCUCUCCCAAACAAAAUGCCUCCCAAGAAAGCUACCUCCACCGGCGCGACCAAGAAGUCCGGCUCGAGUCACGCCUCUUACCGUGAUAUGAUCAAGGAUGCUAUCCUGAAUCUCAAAGAGCGUAACGGUAGCAGCCGCCAGUCCGUCAAGAAAUAUGUUCUGGCCAACAACAAGAUUGCUCCUGCUUCUCAGGCUGCUUUCGACAGCCAGUUCAACAAGGCCAUCAAGGCUGGUGUUGAGAAGGGCGAAUUCACUCAACCCAAGGGCCCCUCUGGUCCCGUGAAGCUUGCCAAGAAGGAAGCUGCCCCUAAGCCUGCCAAGAAGGCUUCUGCCAAGACUGCCACUAAGAAGACUGCCGCCAAGAAGAGCGAGAAGGCUGAGAAGUCUGACAAGGCCGAGAAGACUGAGAAGGCCGAGAAGCCCAAAUCCACCACCAAGAAGGCCACUGGCACUACCACCACCAAGAAGUCGGUUGGCAGACCUAAGGCCAACACUGCUAAGCCUCGCAAGGCCUCGACCACUGCCCCGGCCGUUGUCGAUCAACCUAAGGUCACCAGCACUACCAAGUCUGGACGCGUGACCAAGACAACGGCCAAGCCUGCAGCGAAGAGCAAGAAGUCUACUACUACUGCGAAGAAGGAGAAGGCCCCUGCCGCCGCGGCCGCCUCCGCCUAA